AUGUUUGGACAACCGCCUCGUUCAGAUUCAGAUUUUUGGAAACUUGUGAAAGAAAAUGAAGUUAUUGAUGAAGAAAGUUUACCAAUACCAGUUGAUGAUUUUAAUGAUGAUAUUAUGGAGGAUAAAAGAGAUGAUUUAAAUGAUUGUGCUGAUAUUAUUGACAAAGAUGUUAUUCAACUUGUUCAACAAUUAUCUGAUGACGCUGCUGCAAGUGCAUUAGUUGAUUCAUCAUCAUCACAUUCAUCACCAAUUAAACCGCAACAAACAAAACAUGAUCUUGUACGAAAAGUAGCUACCGAUAAUUAUAUGACCGUUGCAAAUAAAAAAAUGAAGCAUUAUCACGAUAAUGUAAUUAAUGAAACAAACAAAUUUAAUUUAAAUGAUUGUGUUGGCAUUAAGAUCCAUACAGUUGAUAGAACAAACUCUGAGCGUUAUAAAUUUAAUAUAUAUUGUCAAAGGUUUUAA